GCCCAGGGCCGGGAAGGAGAAUCGAGGUUCGGCGCGGGCGGGGACGAGAAGCAGCGCUCGGGCACGCGGGGACGGCGGCCGGCGCGGGCGGGCGCGGCCUUUGUCUCCUCCUCUGGCGCGCUCCGUGGCUGCACCCGCCCCAUGAGCCCGCGGUCCCCCAGCGCCUGAGCCGCCCGCAGCCCCUGACCUGACCUGCCCUCGCAAUGGCCGAAGCUGCCUCCGGCGCCGGGGGCACGUCCCUGGAGGGUGAGCGUGGCAAGAGGCCCCCGCCGGACGGCGAGCCUGCAGCCCCGGCGUCCGGAGUUCUGGAUAAGCUUUUUGGGAAGCGGCUCCUGCAGGUGGGUCGGUACCUGGUGUCCCACAAGGCAUGGAUGAAGACGGUGCCCACAGAGAACUGCGACGUGUUAAUGACCUUCCCAGACACGACCGAUGACCACACGCUGCUAUGGCUGCUGAACCACAUCCGCGUGGGCAUCCCCGAGCUCAUCGUGCAAGUCCGCCACCAUCGCCACACGCGUGCCUACGCCUUCUUUGUCACCGCCACGUAUGAGAGCCUACUCAGAGGGGCCGACGAGCUGGGUCUGCGCAAAGCAGUGAAGACUGAGUUUGGCGGGGGCACCCGCGGCUUCUCCUGCGAGGAGGACUUCAUCUACGAGAAUGUGGAGAGUGAGCUGCGCUUCUUCACCUCCCAGGAGCGCCAGAGCAUCAUCCGCUUCUGGCUGCAGAACCUCCGUGCCAAGCAGGGAGAGGCACUGCACAAUGUGCGCUUUCUGGAGGACCAGCCAAUCAUCCCUGAACUGGCGGCCCGCGGGAUCAUCCAGCAGGUGUUCCCAGUCCACGAGCAGCGCAUCCUGAACCGCCUCAUGAAGUCAUGGGUGCAGGCUGUGUGUGAAAACCAGCCUCUAGAUGAGAUCUGCGACUACUUUGGCGUGAAGAUUGCCAUGUACUUCGCCUGGCUGGGUUUCUACACAUCGGCAAUGGUGUACCCGGCAGUCUUCGGCUCUGUCCUGUACACAUUCACAGAGGCUGAUCAGACAAGCCGGGAUGUAUCCUGCGUGGUCUUUGCCCUCUUCAACGUGGUCUGGUCAACGCUCUUCUUGGAGGAGUGGAAACGGAGGGGAGCAGAGCUGGCCUACAAGUGGGGGACGCUGGACUCACCCGGGGAAGCUGUGGAGGAGCCACGGCCCCAGUUCAGGGGCGUGCGGCGCAUCAGCCCCGUGACUCGGGCCGAGGAGUUCUACUACCCGCCCUGGAAGCGGCUGCUUUUCCAGCUGCUUGUGAGUCUCCCCUUGUGCCUCACCUGCCUGGCCUGUGUGUUCCUGCUCAUGCUCGGCUGCUUCCAGCUGCAGGAGCUGGUGCUGAGUGUGAAGGGGCUGCCCCGUCUCGCCCGCUUCCUGCCCAAAGUCAUGCUGGCCCUGCUGGUCAGUGCAAGCGCCGAGGGCUACAAGAAGCUGGCCGUCUGGCUCAACGACAUGGAGAACUACCGGCUGGAGAGCGCCUACGAGAAGCACCUCAUCAUCAAGGUUGUCCUGUUCCAAUUCGUCAACUCAUACCUGAGCCUCUUCUACAUUGGCUUCUACCUCAAGGACAUGGAGCGCCUGAAAGAGAUGCUGGCCACUCUGCUGAUCACCCGCCAGUUCCUCCAGAAUGUUCGAGAGGUCUUGCAGCCGCACCUGUACCGGCGGCUGGGCCGUGGCGAGCUUGGCCUGCGGGCUGCCUGGGAGCUGGCCCGUGCCCUGCUUGGCCUACUGAGCCUCCGGCGCCCUGCACGCCACCUCGAACCCCAGGCUGAAGAGGGUGUCGAUGGCAGCAGUGGUGGGGGGGGCCGCAGGUGUCUCAGUGGGGCCUGCGGGGCACCUGAGGAGGAGGAGGAGGCCACAAUAGAGCGUCGGCCAGCAGGGGAAGGUGGGGAGGUGGGGGACGGGCCUCCGGGGGGCAGGGAGGAGGAGGAGGACGAGGAGGAGGAGGAGGACGAAGAGGAGGAGGAGGAGGAGGAGGAGGAAGGCGAGGAGGGUGGCCUCCUAGACUGCGGGCUUCGGCUGAAGAAGGUCAGCUUUGCUGAGCGGGGGGCUGGGCGGCGGCGGCUGGGCCCAAGCCCGGAGGCCCUCCUGGAGGAGGGGAGCCCCACCAUGGUGGAGAAGGGGCUGGAAGCUGGUGUGUUCACGCUGGCUGAGGAGGACGAUGAGGCCGAGGGGGCUCCCAGCAGCCCUGAACGGGAGCCCCCGGCUGUCCUGCUCCGCCGGGCCAGAGGUGAGGGCCGCGACCAGGGCCCCGAUGGGGGCCCAGACCCAGAGCCGGGCUUGGGUGACUCAGCCCGGAAGCAGCAGCGGCAGAACCGGUCAUCUUGGAUCGACCCACCCGAGGAGGAACACUCGGCCCAGCUCACCCAGGCCGAGCUCGAGAGCUGUAUGAAGAAAUAUGAGGACACGUUCCAGGACUACCAGGAGAUGUUCGUGCAGUUUGGCUACGUCGUGCUCUUCUCAUCUGCCUUCCCCCUGGCUGCCCUCUGCGCCCUCAUCAACAACCUCAUCGAGAUCCGCAGUGACGCCCUCAAGCUGUGCACGGGGCUGCAGCGGCCCUUUGGGCAGCGGGUGGAGAGCAUUGGCCAGUGGCAGAAGGUGAUGGAGGUCAUGGGCGUCCUGGCAAUCGUAGUCAACUGCUAUCUAAUUGGCCAGUGUGGGCAGCUGCAGCGCCUCUUCCCCUGGCUCAGCCCCGAGGCGGCCAUCGUGUCCGUGGUGGUGCUUGAGCACUUCGCUCUGCUUCUCAAGUACCUCAUCCACGUGGCCAUCCCCGACAUCCCAGGCUGGGUGGCUGAGGAGAUGGCCAAGCUGGAGUACCAGCGCCGGGAGGCCUUUAAGAGACAUGAGCGCCAGGCCCAGCACCGCUACCAGCAGCAGCAGCGGCGGAGGCGGGAGGAGGAGGAGCGCCAGCGCCACGCGGAACAUCAUGCCCGCAGGGAGCGCGACGCCAGUGGCCGGGAGGAAGCUCGGCCUGAGGGCUCCGGGUUGGACCCUGCUGCCCCAGAGAAGGCCUCGGCCAAGGCCAAGGGCAGUGGGGCGGCAGGAGGCCAUGGGCCGGAGCGGCCCAAGCGCCCGGGGUCCCUGCUGGCACCUAACAACGUCAUGAAGCUGAAGCAGAUCAUCCCACUGCAGGGCAAGUUCCUGUCGUCCGGGGCUGCAUCCUCGCUGGCCGGCGCGGGGGCCAACCUCACUGCCCGGCCGCCCCCUGCCCCGUCUCCCACAGGCAGUGACACCCGCCUGCCAGCCUUCCUCAGCUUCAAAUUCCUCAAGUCGCCCGAGACCCGGCGGGACCCAGAGCGUAGCCACUCGCCGCCCAAGGCCUUCCACGCCAGCAAGCUCUUCCCCUUCGGCGGGGCCCGGGCUGAGGCCGGGUCCAACGGGGCGGGCGGGCAGGCCCGGCAGGACGGGACCCCCAGCGGUGGCAGUGGUGGUAGCCGAGCCCAGCGGAGUUGGCCGGCAGACGAGGCCGCAGCUGAGGAGCCGGACACACCCCGGCCCGAAGAGGAAGGCUCAGGGACAGCGCCGGCCCCUGUGGGCGCCCCGGCCCUCCGCACCCGCCACAGCCGGAGCCCUGCGCCGCCGCCGCCGCCGCCAACACCGCUACCCCGGUCCCCGACGCCACCCGCCGGCUGCUGGCAGUGGGACGGGCCGUGGGGUUGCGGGGGCGAGGGCGCCACCCCCCGCCAGGCCCCUGCCGCCGCCGCCGAGUGUCCGCCCUGCGCCCUCGCCGGGCCCCUGCCCGCCCUGGCAGCUGGCGUCCUGCCGGUGGACGCCAGCUUCUACAGCCUCCCGCCGCCGCCGCUGCCUCCCACCUCCGAGCCCCCGGAGCCCCCGGCACCGUCGCCCAGCCCCAGCUCCAGUCCCAGUCCCAGUCCCCAGGCCGUGUGCUGGCCCAGCGGCUGGCAUUAGCUCCGCCCGCCCUGCCUUCCUGUUUUCAUAUGCAAUAUCAAUCACGGACGGGUCGGCAGCCGCCACCCAGAAAACGCUGCUGUCGGUGUAUCCCAGUAUUGGCUACCCCCUCCUGGGUCAGGGCCGGGGGCCUGGGGCCCCUCUAUCUGCCGUUUUCCUUUCGACCAGGAUGGGGGGAAAGGAAAGGAAACCCCCCCAAAACAACAGAAAACACACACAGAAUAGGCGAUUAUUUAUUUGUUUUUAAUUUAUUUUGUCAUAUUUUUGUAAAACGGCAGAAAUGCAAUAAAAAGUAUAUUUCAACAGUG